AUGGACGCAAUGGACUUCUCACUGGAUAUAGUGGAUUUCAGUGUUAAAUACGGUCAAGACCAUUCGAACGCAACUGGUAAGGAAGCAAAAGCGAAAUACGAAGAAUACAAAGAGUUUUAUGUCAAAUACCAUCAAAAUAACCCCGGAGCGACGACAGACUGCUACGCGGAAUAUCUAGAAACACUUGGCAAGCAAGUAGACGAUGCACCAAUCGAAAAAAAGGUUCGAAUCCAACACAGCAAGGAUGAGGAGGAACAGUUUGCGCAGGCGUUUCGGGUACCGUACGAUGACCCAAAGGGGAAACGCGUGGAUCGUUUCGUGAGCUUCUGUAAUAAGUGCGUUAAAAUGUGGAAUCCGGCAAAGUAUUAUGCCUUGUACUCAUCAAUAGUGCAGUCAAGCGGCACUGGUAAAUCAAGACUACUUGCGGAAGUCGCUAAGAAACGAUAUGUCAUUUACUGCUGUCUCCGAGGUCCUGGUAGCACAGGUUACCCCCCAAGUUCGCCCAUUCGGCGUAAGCUUAUCACAGAUGCUCAAGCAACAGAUCCUCGAAAAUGGCCAAGUGAAAGACUCUACGUCUCUUUCUUGGUUGCUGCCAUCGAAGUAUUUCAAAAGACAAUGUCCAACAAUCGUAUGGACUGUGGUACAUGGUUCAAUUACCAUACCAAUGAAUCCUGCAGUUACUGGAAAGAGGUCGAAGAGCGUAUGGAUUGUCUCGGUUAUGAAAAGAGAGCAGAUUUCAGUGAAAUACAUCAAAAAGGUGCGAUCGCCAAGGCUCUGAAGAAUGUUGGGUGUUUUGACAAAAGAUUUAUCACACAUUUGAUCUUUGCGUUCGACGAGGCACGUUCUCUUCUGCCAUCAAGGUCAAACGCUGACUAUUUUUCAUCGUUGCGUCGCGCCUUGCGGUGCCUUCCAACAUACCACCCAAGUCAACACCAAGCAUUCGCAAUAAUGCUUGAUACGACGUCAGCUGUAGCUGACUUUUUGCCUGAAAUGGAACGCGAUCCUUCCAGUCGUCCUUUGAUCGAAGGAUUGAAGUUGAUGCCACCAUUCUAUCUUCUUGAUACAAUUGAUGAUACUAUAACCGUCGCAAUUCCUCCCAGAUCCAUCGAAGAAAUGUAUUGUGGGCAGCGAUUACUACAACUGGGCCGCCCAUUGUUUCGUUCGUACAUCCAGGCCGGCGAUUUAUCUUUUUUCUCAACACAUCUCAUUACGCUUAAGAAUACUGCUGCCGCUAAGCUUGCUGGAGGCGAGUUUCCUCGUGUUGUUCAGAUGACUGAUGCACUGAGCGUGCUUUCUUGCCGCGUGUGUGUUGAUAUAGUCCCAACAAACCAUAUCGCGUCACAACUGGUAGCAAGCUACAUGCGGUUUUGCGUGUUCGUCAGCGAAUCGCGUCAGUAUCUGUUCACUAUUGCACCUUCGGAACCGUUUCUUGUCGACGUGGCAACUGACCUUAUGUAUCAAAAUGGUUGUCUGGUGAAAUUGAUCAAGCAACUGUCAGACGCAAUGAGAUGUGGCGUUGUAGACGGUGGCUCUCGGGGAGAACUUGUUGCUCGUUUAUUGUUAAUUUUGGCUGUGGAUCAAGCCAUCAAGCAAUCAUUGUGGAAGCAAGAGCUUUCACACACAUGUCCAGUCACCGUGGAACUAUUCUUUGAUCACCUCUUCGGCGCCGAUGCACUCUCAAAACCUCCAAGGCGUCAGCACCUUCUUCAUGCGCUGACUCGUGGUGCAGCGAUAAUCUGUGAACGUAAUAACCAAGGAGUGGAUAUAAUCAUACCAGUUUUGCUACCAGCUGACGUUGAUACCAAUUAUACUGACUUACAUGCAGAUGACUUCACAUGCGAAGAAGAUUUUCCUUCGAAUUUUACCCCAGAAUUUCCGGAAGACAACGAAGAAACUAAUCUCAUUACUGCUUAUGAUAAUCAUGGUGAUAGAAGCAAGAAGCGAAGGUUAGACUCUACGACCUCCAAAAAUGAGUUCAAGAAUUUUAGGUUGCAUCCUUCAUGUGUGUCAUUUAUUCUCAUACAAGUCAAAAACUAUCAAGAUUCAAUUGAUUCUUUCAGCCGCAUUGCACGUGAGACGAUUAAUCCCACAGUUUGUGGCAUAAUGGACGAACAUGCAUGUUUCCCAUAUGCAUCAGUUUAUAUGCAGUUUGUAAGUAAAGGAAAGAGGAAUCCUGUGAUAGAAGCAUUGCCGCUGCAUGAGCAACAGUAUCGACAGGAUAGCAAUAGCGUGUCCACAAAAGUGUACACAGAGGAUGAACUCGAGUCAUUAAACAUGUAUCAAAUUGGAUUGGCAGCCUUCGGAUUGAAUGAUAACAUCUAUCCAUGUCUUCGUAAUACAGGUCAUGCAAGCAAAUCUCUGAUUGAAGUUCUACAACUUCUACUUGUCUCAUGGCCAGAUCCUGCACGCAUGAACGGAAGGAAAGGAUCCAAUGAAAAUGCUGCUGUUCGACGCUGUGCAAUAGGAAGUUAUGCUACAGAAUGGAAUGAUGCAUCCUUCUGGGAUCAAAUAAGCAAUGAAUAG